AUGGAGAAAUUAGAGAGAGGAAGUGAAGAAGAAACUUAUCUAUGGAUCAUUUUUCAUUUCAUCUACCAACCCUUUGAAGAAAAGGAGAUUAGCGUUGAGAAAGGCGUCGUUCUGUCCACGGGACAUUCUCAUCCUGGUCCAAAGAUUGGAGAUGAUGAGCCUGUUGUUAGCUCUGGAAGUCCUGGCCAACAUAACUAA